CGGAGCUCCGCGGGCUGCCCCCUGAUAUCGCGGACGAGGCGCUCGUGCUCUGCCUAAAGAAGCCGAUGCUGGGGGUGGGGGACGGGGGGACCCCUGUGCGGAGCUGGCGGAGACCCGGCCGAGGGGGCGUUGGCACUUUUCAGGAGCCGGCAGGUGAGGGGGCGGGCGGAAGGGGCAGCCUGAGCGCCCUCUGCCGGCUGCGGGCUGCCGGCCCGACGCCCCUCUCCGCCCCAGCGAGGAUGCAGCGAGGGUCUGGGCCUAGGAGGGGCGCAUGCUCCCUGGUGCCGCCGUGUUCCCUUGCCCUCUGCUGUGCACCCCAGCGCCUGGAGCCGCAGAGCCAGACCCUGCUGCGUGCCACGGGGCACCCAGAGCAUCCCUGCCAUGCCCUGGACAGCCCCGGACCAGACCGGGUCCUGGCCCAACUGCCCCUGCCCUUCUGGGGGGGUGGGGGUGAGAGGCAGGACUGGGGCGGGGGUGCCUGUUGGGGAGAUGCUCUGAGCCGACUUGCACCCUCCCCCAUAGAGGUCCGCGUCCUGGGGGAACAGGCUCGGGCCCCGGCCCCGGGCCUUAGGGGGCUGAGGUGUCUGUCCCUGGCCUGGGUGCCCCAGGCCUGAGCUGUGUGUGUGUGUGAGGGGGCAUCCUCCCCGCACCUGCUGCUGCUGCUGGAGCUGUACCUGGAAAGUGUGUGUUGCGGUGGCAGGGGGCUCCUGGACACCACUGUCUCCUUCCAGCACUGGCAGGGGGAGUGGGUGGCCCAAGUGGUUCUACACCAGGACCACCCGCUGCAGGAAUCGGAGCUGAGCCUCCUCCCCCAUGAGCCUGAGAAUCUUGCCAAGGACACCAGUGGAGGGGACUGCCCGGUCGAGUUGGAGCCUGGGGCCACUGAGCAUGCUGUCCUGGAGGCCGGAGGGCCAGCAAGGGCACUGAAGGGUGCAGGGACGGUGACCCUGGGCUCUGAGGAGGCACCGGCAUAGGUAGGAAGGAGCCUUCUGCAGACAGGUCCUCUAGGGUCUCUUGGAAAGGCUGGGCCAGUCCGCUUAGGGCUCGUGGGGUCACUGGGACGGGGGCUGGUGAGCCUGGGGCCAGUGGGCUCUUCAGAGGAGGCAGGGCUGAUGAGCCCGGGGUCUGUGGGGUCUCCAGGCCCAGCGGGCCCCAUGGAGAUUGCCCCAGGGUCUCUGGAGCAUGUGGGGUGGGUGAGCCUGGGGCCUGCGGGGCCACCAGGGUGGGGGCUGCUGGGUAUGGCGCUGUCCCUGGAGCCAGGAACCAUGCCUUUCAUACAACUUGGCCACGAGGACCUUCUUGCCGGCCUGGGACGUGUUGCUGUCUUCCCGGUGGGAGGGCCAGAUCUGAUGGGCUUUCGGCUCUGGGGAGCCCUGGCCCCAUGCCAGGGGGCGGAGUAGUUUCUGCAAAGUCUGCUAGGGGGCAGUGUCUGUCACGUGCUGAGCCCGAAGGCCCAGAGCAGGGCCAGGCUCCUGGGUGGCCCGGACCAGACCAGCGCUUCGGGGCCGGGGGCUCAGUUCCGAUGUGUCUUUGGGACAGAGCGUCUGGCCAGGGCUGCCCUGGACACAGACCCUGAAGAGGUAGAGACAGAGGCCGCCCUGCCCUUCCCCUCUCCCUCAUCACAGCCCCAGGUGUCUCCCCCACUCUUGCUCAGGGGCCUGGGCGGGGUGGGUGCCUUUGGGCCCCCCCACCUUUCACUUGAAUUAUCCUUUCCUGCAGCCGCACCCUGGCUGGGCUUGGCCACUGACCCAGAGGAGGUCCGAGGGCUGAUAGCCACCCUGGAGGACCCCGUUGGGGAGGGCUGGCCGCCUCCAGAGCUGGGGACAGAGAAGCCUGAGGGGGAGUCUGCACCCAGGGCCGGGAGGGGCCUUCGCGGCUGCAAGCGGAGGUGUGCUGGCCGCGAGCGGUCCCUGGAGCUUCAAGGCCGGGGGGCCCAGCAGGAGGACGCCGUGUCGCAGUGAGCCCUGGCCCUCUCCUUGCUGGGUCCCCUGUGUUGGAGGCAGAAGAUGGGCUCCCAGGUGGGGGGCACUGGUGGCCAGGCCUGGCUGGUGGCGCGUGUGGCCUUUGAACAGGAUGGGGGUAAGCCGGAGGGGGCACUAGGGGCGUUAGAGGUAUGCCUCCGGGAGGAGAUGGCGGGGUCCUGGGGGGCAUGUCGCCUGCAGAGCUGCCUGGCGACCCUGGCCCUCAGCUGUCCCCCCCUCCUCUCACAGGCACGCUCUUUGGGCAGGGGAGCAGGGUGCCCCUCCCUGUCGCUUCAGGACGGCUACUGGCCCCCCAACGCUGACGGCCACAAGGUGGUAUGGGCACUCUUGCUGGCAGGUGACGACAGGCAGGGCCGUUGAGGCCUGCGGGUGCCCCCUCUGCGGGCCCGGCACUUGCUCCUGGGCUGCCUCCACCGGCCCGGGAUCUUGGUCACCUUUCACACCAGGCUCCCCCAGGGGACCCGGCUGGGCUCUUGGGCCACUCUCCAGCCACCUAACCCUAGGGCCCCCUCCUCGCUCGGCCCAGCAGUCCCUGGCGCCCGGCUCCCCCGCGGCGCACAGCCCUGCUGGCCCCUCGGCUGCCUCCGCUGCCCCCGGGGGCGCCCCUGCCUCCGGCUGCUGUGCGUGGACAGGUGGUGCCGGCACAGAGGGCCAGGGCUGUGUCCCCGCUUGGGGCCGACCCAGCCGCCAGGGGUCAGCAGAGCCCGGGAGGAGGGUGGGCCAGCUCGACACCGCCCACCCCGGCCCGACCUAGCCCGAACGCAACUCCGUUGUUUGAAUAAACGUGUUUGUGAAACCAGGCGGCGGGGCCUUCGGGAGCUCCCGGUCACCCCCGCCCCCCGCUUGGGGGGGGCGAGGGACCUCGGCGCGGCUGGAGGCGAGGGCCGAGGGGCAGCGUCCGUGGCUCCUUCGAGGUGGCCCCGGGCGACGGGCCAAGGCGCGACCCGGCGCGCACCCCUGCGACCCCACGUCGCCUUAGUGUCACGCACGCUCUCCGACAACGUCUCCUUGCCGACCGGCCCGCCCAGUACGCACGGGGAGGGCUGCGCCUGGCGGGAGGGGCGAGCGCUGCUCCGGCGCUGCCCUCCGAGCCGGACGCGCGUCCCAGCCUCGGUGAGGCCCCGGCCCCGAGCGCGCUCGGGCGCUGCCACCGCACGGGCGGCGCUCGGCAGGGACCGGGGCGGGGCUCCGGGCUCGCUCCGCCCGCACAGCCUCCGCGGCUCUCCUGGCCCAGCAGUCGGGCUGCGGCGGCCGAGCCUAGCCGAGCUGAGCCACCAGGCACAGCCCCAUUCACCUCCCGCACGCCAGCGCUCCGGGGACCGGGAGCGGAGCAGCGGGCACGCGUGGGUGUGCGUGUGCCCCGGCAGCCGGCGGUGCGGGCGUGCAUGA